AGAGACACCCAUGCGAUGCCAGCCCAAGUACUUUGGUGAGGCUCGGCACUGCCGGGCACUGCCUGGAAAGACUUUUACUGCCUGGAAAGACUUUUGAGACAUUCGCCGGGUCUCUGCGUUAAACUAGUGCGGGAUGGGAAACGACGGGGCGCCUCCUGGGGUGAAUUCAGAGUCAUCGGUGUCCGUCAGUUCGUGUCUCGUCCAGAGGCGGGUGCAGCGCUCUGUGCUCUUUGAGAGGCGACACGCGUUGCAUGGCACUCGCCAGAGUUUGGGGGCUCGCGCUUGGCCACUUCCCCGGGUGGCUGGAGGGCUGUCGCCUGCAAUGCGAGGCGGCUUUGGGGGAGGUGGGUGUCUGCGAGGUCCGAGGCAGAGGUCAGGCAGAGGCUCAGUGAACGUGAAAGAUGGGGUGUAUUCUCCCCAUCUGGCCUCCACCCCUCCAAGCCCCAGUCCCCGCCCCCUAGUUCACGCAACCCGUCCCACCCAUCACACACACACACACACACACACACACACACACACACACACACUCCGGAGUUGGAUGCCAUCGAGGGGUGGUCACAUUGUUAUUACUCAGAGGUGCACGAGGUCGCUUUGGCUUCUGACUGGCGCUCUCAGAGUCCUGCUCCUGGAACUUGGGCGACAGCCUUGGUUUGGGGAAGCGAGGAAGGAGCGCCCAGCCUCCUGUGGAUGCCUCUACCUGGCCGUUCCUGGCGCGCAGCGAGCUACCCUCAGCCAGAACUCCAGUCGCUUCAACCUGGGGGGCUCUGCUCUCCGGCACCGACCCAAGGGAGCGGUUGCUGAGAUCCCUGCUCUCUCCCCGGUCCUAGCCCGAUGAGGAAAGGGAGCCUAAAUAACUGGCUCGUCUCCACAGCUAAUAAACAACAGAGCUGCCAUCAGAGCCCAGACAGCCCACCAGGCUAUGCCACUGCUCUUCAACAGGGCCCAGCUGAACAUGCUCACACAAGUCUUUGGAAGAUGUAUCAUCUUAUACAAAUAUGACUAAUGGGGAAGAACAAAAGAGAUAACCAGGUGCCCAGAGGCCUCAGCAUUGUCUUCCCUUCUCAAUGGCAUUUCUGGUGUCCACCUAAGGAGUCUCCUUCCCCAGCCUUGAAACAUUCGGAAAUUACACAGAGGACCCACUUCCUAUCUUCUUCUUGAAAAUUCCCACCAUACAUGUUCAGAACUUUCUGAAUAAGCAUAGGAUUUUAAGGUGCUGACAAGCAGGGAACAAGCCCAAAAGACAGGCGUUGGGAAGGAGAGGCCAUGGAAUAUCCACCAACCAGAUAAUCAUCGCUGGAACAACCGGGAAGUGUCUGAAUGUAGGAAACAAAGAGACAAGUCAAGGAUGAUUUUAACUGAGAGUUUAGAAGUGAAUUGUUUUGACAUCUGCCGUAUCACUGUGAAACUGAGCCCACUCCUCUCAGAGAAAGUUGCCAGCAGCUGUGCAUGGGAUAACCUCCUGCGCAUCUUUACCAGAAAAAGAACAGGCGUUCUCCACGGCUGCCGUGCUCCAGCCUCAUCAAAAUCCUCCUGCAAAGACUCGGUGAAGCUACAUGCUUCCCCAGUGUGCGGGGCAAAGUCUGUCAUAGACAAAAACAGGCUACAGAAGUCCUGAAGGUUGAUGGAGGGCCAUGCUAUUCAAACAGCAGGUGUGGCUGAGACAGAAGCUCCUGGUGCUGGGAAGCCUUGCUGUUGGGAGUCUCCUGUAUCUAGUCGCCAGAGUUGGGAGUUUGGAUAGGCUACAACCCAUUUGCCCCAUUGAAGGCCGAUUCGGAGGCCGCGGGCAGGCUGAAUUCCCUCUCCGUGCCCUGCAGUUUAAGCGCGGCCUGCUGCACGAGUUCCGGAAGGGCAACGUUUCCAAGGAGCAGGUUCGCCUUCAUGACCUGGUCCAGCAACUCCCCAAGGCCAUUAUCAUUGGGGUGAGAAAAGGAGGCACCAGGGCCCUGCUUGAGAUGCUGAACCUCCAUCCAGCUGUGGUCAAAGCCUCUCAAGAAAUCCACUUUUUUGACAAUGAUGAGAAUUAUGCCAAGGGCAUUGAGUGGUAUAGAAAAAAGAUGCCUUUUUCCUACCCUCAGCAAAUCACAAUUGAAAAGAGCCCGGCAUAUUUUAUCACGGAGGAGGUUCCGGAAAGGAUUUACAAAAUGAACUCAUCCAUCAAGUUGCUGAUCAUUGUCAGGGAGCCAACCACAAGAGCUAUUUCUGAUUACACUCAGGUGCUAGAGGGGAAGGAGAGGAAGAAUAAAACGUAUUACAAGUUUGAGAAGCUGGCGAUAGACCCUAAUACCUGCGAAGUGAACACAAAAUACAAAGCAGUAAGAACCAGCAUCUACACCAAACAUUUGGAAAGGUGGUUGAAAUACUUUCCGAUUGAGCAAUUUCACAUUGUGGAUGGAGAUCGCCUCAUCACAGAACCUCUGCCAGAACUUCAGCUUGUGGAGAAGUUCCUAAAUCUUCCCCCAAGAAUAAGUCAGUACAAUUUGUAUUUCAAUGUUACCAGAGGGUUCUACUGCUUGCGAUUUAACGUUAUCUUUAAUAAGUGCCUGGCUGGCAGCAAGGGGCGCAUUCAUCCAGAGGUGGACCCCUCUGUCAUUACCAAAUUGCGCAAAUUCUUUCACCCUUUCAAUCAAAAAUUUUACCAGAUCACUGGGAGGACACUGAACUGGCCCUAAAAUAAUAAGUCAGACAACACCAUGUGUUGUACCUGGAGACAUGCAAUGUCUCCUCUAGAUUAAAAUAUGCACUUUUCCGAGACACAACUGUCGGAGUCAUGUUUCCAUCUCUACUUGUAUAUACACAGUGUGUGACCAAAUAUAAGACCAGUUCUUUUUCUACUGAAAAUGUACAAAACAAUUUGCUGUCUGCAUAGUUGCAUCUUUGAGACGAGUUACUAAAAGAAGAGGUGGUGGUAUUGGGGGAAAGUGACUUCAGCUAUCCUCAAAGAGUUAGUCUUCCUUUGAGUCAGAAUUUGUCACCCGCCAUUUACAUAAAUUGAAGCCAAAAGAUGAAUGUGUGAAAAGUACCAAUGGCUGUGAAGCUGCAGGAAGGAGAGGAUUCAGUCAUGCAUUCUUUUCUAAGGGAAAGCUGGCUCUUUAAUUCAGAUGCUGAAUUAGUGCCAUGAAAACAGAAAAUGCUAUUUUCUUAUGAUUUAAAAGGAUGUCCUAUCUCAUAAAAUUGACAUUGUUCCAAAGUUCCUGUGGUGAUUUUGCACUAUUGUUUUCUCGUAUGGACCAUGAUGUCACUUGUAGCAUGUCAAUCAUACAUUGGAAAGUCCUUUCACUUCCAUGUUCUAUGUCAACAAAGAGAAAUGUCAUGUACAUAAUGUAUAUUAUUGUAAAUACUUGUUUCACACUAAGUAACUCUAUUUUGUAAACUGAAUAUGGCUAUUUAAUUUAUUGUGAAAAUUAAAUUUAUUGUGGUAUUUAAAAAUGGAAUGGAUUAAAAUUACU